ACUUUCUGACUGUCACUCUGGUGUAAAAUUUUUUAGACAUCAUGUCUCCCGUCGUCAAUUUAAUUUAAUUCGUGAAACAAACAUCAGAAUUUAGCGACGAUUACGAACAACUAGGCAGGGAGGUUCCACACGAAUGCUCGGACCCGAUGAGCGGCGCAAGAACCUACAGUAAGAGGGAUCCCGGCGGCGACGAGGACGGUGGCAAGGAGGCGUCUGCCGAGUCGGCUGAAUCGCUAGAACAUCUCACGAUACCAGAGCUCCUAGACGGUUGGGCCAUAAAGAAGUCUGAAAAGCAGGGAGCACAUAUAUUGCGGCUACUCGAACUACGCACCAAGGAAGAGGAGCAGAAGGACGCACAGCGAGCCCUACAGCAGCAGAAGAACUUGCAGCAGCUAGCGAACUGCCGCCAGAAGGCGCGUGCCCAAGAGCAGGCGCGUCUGCGUGACGAGAAACUCCACUGGAGUACCCAAGAGGCGGAGUCCAAGGAAGCGAAGCGAUCGGCGGCACUGCGUAAGGACAUUGAGCAUCAAAUCUUGGUGCAACAGGAAUCAGAGGCGAAGCGUAUCCGCGAAGAGGCGGUCUGGGGUAGAACAUACGAGCAGCAGAAGAAGAAUAGGAAAAGCAACAAUAAAUCAGAACAGGAGCUAGUUCAACAGAGGGAGAGAUUCAGUCUUCACGAGACGCUGCACACAGAAGCCCAGCAGCAAGACAAAAUGGUCAACAUACCGAUGGCAAAUCUGAAGCCCAUCCUUAAGCAGGCACCUGGAUCGGCCACUGGCGGUGGCGUGCGUUACUUUUCACAGUUUAGCAAAGGCGGCGGUUCCACUGCCACCACAAGCACUAACACCAGCAGCACCACACUCGUGCACCAGCAGCUGCAGCGUAAGCCAACGGCCAAUGGGGAUCUCCAUGGCACGAAUGGCAGAGUUGCUGUCGUUGCCAAUGGCAUGCGCACCAAAGCAGAGCAGCAGGACAUGCAGCAGGAGGUCAAACAGGAAGCUAUAACCAAAACAGAGGCAGACAACCAGCCAGCAGAGGAUGCUUCCGUCGCAGAUGGUCCACUGGCGUUGCUCAGCAACCAGCAGCCAACAGAGUCGGACGACCCCGAGCUGGACAUUGUAAUCAACAAUGUGGUGUGCACGUUCAGUGUGCGUUGCCACCUCAAGCUAAGGGACAUUGCGCUGCGCGGCUCCAAUGUGGAGUAUCGCAGGGAGAACGGCAUGGUGACCAUGAAGCUGCGACGACCCUAUACGACAGCCUCCAUUUGGUCAUCCGGCAGGAUCACCUGCACAGGCGCCACCUCUGAGGAAAUGGCCAAAGUGGCGGCCAGACGGUAUGCCCGCUACUUGGGGAAACUCGAUUUUCCCACACGCUUUCAGAAUUUUCGCGUUGUGAAUGUGUUGGGUACCUGCAGCAUGCCCUGGGCCAUCAAGAUUGUUAACUUCUCGACCAAGUAUCCGAAGAAUGCCAGCUACGAGCCGGAGUUGCAUCCAGGUGUCACGUACAAGAUGCACAUGCCCAAGGCCACGCUGAAGAUCUUCUCCACGGGAAGCAUAACAGUGACAGCUGCCAGCGUGAACGAUGUGGAGGCCGCCAUACAGCAGAUAUAUCCAUUGGUCCAUGAGUUCCGCAAGCAGCGUUCGCCCGAGGAGCUGCAGCAUUUGAGGGCCAAACAGAACAAAAAUGCCGGCAUCACUGGCAACACCAGCAACACCAUCACUGACGCCAACGAGGCCCUGGCACUGGAAGAGCAAAUCCUGACAAUUCCCAGCAGUGCGGCUGGGGAUCUGGUGAAUGCAGCGGUGUGCAAUGUGCAGCGUCUGAAGCAGAUCGAAUCGUUUCGCCAGAUGUCCAGUGAGACUGAGGAGGAGCGCCGCCACAUACCCUUCCCGCGUGACAAGACCGAGGAAGUGCUCUUCACCCACUCGUCAGCCAGUGGGUCUUCGACGGAUAAUAUCUGCGCCAAUGCCCGACGACGGGCCACCGAAUGCUGGGCGACCAAGAACAAACGCACGCGCUACAAUGAUCCCAGUGGCGGCACAAUAGUGGCUGCUGGUAAGACUAAUACUACGACGAUGAGUGCCAGGACCACCGCCUCCUCGUCCAAUCCCGCCAUCGCCAACCAAUCAACCAGCACCAGCACAUCCGCCACCACCAUUACCGGGCCUAUUCUGCCGCUCUCCUCGCUUACGCCCAUUGGCAGCAUCAGUGGCGGUGUGAACGGCAGACCAUUUAGCCUGGUGGCCGCACGCACUAUCCCUGCCACGGGAACCAUCAUCAACCUCAAGCAAAGCUGCAUUAAGCCAUUGAAUCGCGAUGCUCUGGCUGCAUUCACCGCUGCCUCCAGUGGUAGCAUCGCUACCGCCGUCAAUUCCACUGCCACAGCCAAGGCUGUACCAGGUCCAUCUGCACUCAAGCGGCAAUCCCGUGGAGGAGGACACAAUUAAGCUGCAUCCUGUGUGGAGGAAUUCAUUUCAUGCAGCAAUCAGCAACGAAUGGCGCAUAUAAUACAUACAGUACACGUACACGUACACGUACACGUAGACUAGCUUGAGCUGCAUGCAUCGAUACACCUAUAGAUAUUUUGAUAUAUCAUAAUAUUAGCAUCACUAGUUUGUCUUUUGUCGUAUUACAAAUAUAAAAUCAAU